AGAAAACAAUCUUGAAUCCCCUGAAACAAAGUUCAAUUGUGUCAAUAGUAAAACAGGAAAGUUGCGAGCAUUAGUUUGCGAAACAUGAGGAAUGGUCAAAGGUUGAGUUUACCUUACACCUCAGAACUAAUAGGGAGAUCUACCUCCUCCUAUUCAUGGUUGAGUCACUGUGAAGUUUAAAUUUUACUUAUAGAACGAUAAAGGAUUUUGAUUACAUAAGACUUGGUCAAUGACUGUCUCUGAAUUGCGUUCACAAGUUCUCGGAAUGGCAGAUAUAUUAAUGGAUUUGAGAUUUCAUCUGUUAACAUGGAAUGUGGUAGGACGAUCUCCUGUAGAGGACUUACGGAAUGCACUGGGGUUAGAUGAACCUGUUGAUGUCUCAAAUCUUCCAGAUUUCUUUGGAUUGGGACUUCAAGAAAUAAGUUGCAAGCCUCAAGAUAUUAUAGCAGAAAUUAUUGUGGAAGAUCCGUGGGACGUUGCAUUUCGAGCUGCUUUAAAUAAAUGGGACUAUGUUAAGUUAAAACAAAUUCGACUCCAAGGAAUGGCUUUGUACUUAUUUUGCAAGAGAGAGCAUGUAACACAUGUAAGAGGUCUGCAAACAAGUUAUACCAGGACAGGAUUGAGAGGAAUGUGGGGUAAUAAAGGGGGAGUCAGUAUUAGAUUUUCUGUAUAUGGCUGCUCAGUUUGUAUUGUUAAUUGUCACCUAGCUGCUCAUGAUUCAGAAAUUAAACAAAGAAUAGAAGAUUAUAAUUCUAUACUUGAUCACCAAAAAUUUGUAGAUCCUCUUACAGAGAACAUUAUUACUCAUGACUACACAUUUUGGAUCGGAGACCUGAAUUUCCGAAUAGAUGAUUAUACGUCUGAAGAAAUUGAACAUCUUAUACAGAAAAAAAGUUUGAGCCACUUACUUUUAAAAGACCAGCUUCGCAAAGUGAUGAAGCUCGGUCAAGCCUUUUCUGAGUUUACUGAGAGCCCGCCUGGUUUUCCUCCUACUUAUAAAUUUACUAUAGACGGAAGUGAUUAUGACACAAGCAAAAGAAAACCAGCAUGGACAGACAGGAUAUUGUUUCGAUACACACCCAAUGCAUAUGAAAAUGUUACCUUGAAUCUGAAGCAACUUCAUUACAAUAGUCAUGAUUUCUAUUCUCAGAGUGAUCACAAGCCUGUCACAUCAAGUUUUACGAUUAAGGUGUUUUCUCAGCCAACAGAAAAACGUGUAACAUUCUUACCAAUAAAUGAUUGGAAAGUAAAUGCUGAUAGUGUGGCUUGGUAUACAUUUAGUGAAGGAGCAGAACCAAGUACAUGGGAUUGGAUAGGACUUUUUAGGGCAGAUUAUACAAGCACAGAUGAUCAUGUUUGUUACAUAUGGGCUCCUGUGCGUCCUUCAAGUAGUACACCUGUUAUUGCAUCUGAAUCAUUUCCUCAUGAUCAACAGAAUGAAGCAGAAAAUGGAAUUUGUGCUGCUAAUUCCAUGAGACAGCAUCAGGGACCAUGGUAUAGAGUUGUCUUUGCAGAUCAAACAAUACUCAUUCCUGGACGAUAUCGACUUUUUUAUAUUAGCUCAGAAUUUGAUGACAUUUUAGGUGUGAGCGAACCAUUUGAACCUUUAGCUCAAGUAAAGAACAAGGUUUGGAGACUUCACAUUCUCGCUUUACAGUAACCCUAUAGGAAGACAUCACAAGCCCAAAGAUUAAGUGAUUGGGAUGACCAUGCAUUAUUUCCACAUCAGGAAAUAAAACAUUAUGGGAACUUUCUUCUCAGUAUUUCUACUGAAUUCAUAGCCAUGUGGGCAGUUUCCUAUCUCAUUUGGAAAAGUUUCGCUGAUAAACUCCAGCAGUGAGUGGAUUGAGGAAGAUCUCAUCUUCAGAAUUUAAUAGUGGUCUAAUUUAUAUUUUUGCCCCUCAAUAAUGGCAUGCAAUAAAUGCAAAGGUACAGCAUGAAUCAAAGUGAGCUUUUUGUAUUUAUGAUACUUUUUCCAAAAAACUGUCGUUUUUCUGCUUGACUUUGUAGUUUUGUAUCAUCUUUCCUCUAAUAUUUUGUAAUAUACUUGUUUUUAAAAAGUCAUGUCAAAGUUUUGAAUGUGCCAAUGUUUGUCACUGGUUUUCCUUUCUGUAUUAUGAUUAAAUUUCGAAAUUUAAUAAGUAUUGGUUUAUUGAUGAGGCUACACCAGCAAAAAUUUUGUAACCAGUAGUUUUAUAUGCAGGAUGUCAGUUGGAGUAUUACUUCUAAUAAUAAAAAAGAUGUCAAGCAUAUACUAUUAUUUUCUAAUCGAUUUUUCUCUUUUACUUACUGUAUUAUAUAGUGGAUUUUCUUAAUGUAAAACUUUGGACAAUUUAAUGUAAAACUUUGGACGUAUUAAAAAGUUCGAAGCUCCAAAAGUAUCAAUUAAAAAAAUGAUUUCUAAAAUUCUGUUGUGAAUUCAAAUUUUUGAUACUUCUAAGUUUUGCUAGUCUGCAAAUUCAAAUCAACAAGAGAUAAUUAUAUAUCUUGAAUCUAGUGUCUGUUUCUUUUGUAUUUCCUAUCAAGAAAUACAUUUCAGUAAUUAUUCUCAUGCUGAUUAAAUAUGAAUAUUACACAUGGAAUAUUAAUAUUUGAGUGCUAAUCAAUCAUCUUCAGCCUUAUAAACAUUCCAGUUGUAAAUUUCAUAGUCAUUUGCAUGAGGUGUUUUUCAGUAUUAAUUUUUUUCUGCUUUAUUGUAAUUACAUUUUAAUCAGUUUUAAAAAUUUAUUUUUCAUGUAAUUCAUUGACUUAGAAUUUUUCAAUUUAUUUUUUGUAUUUUAUUUAUUUAUUAUUAUUAUUAUUAUUAUUUUAGAUCUUUAUAAUAUUCUCUUAAUAAAAUGCACGAUUUUUUUUAAAGUAACAUUAAAAAAUUCUUUCACAAUCCACAGCGUUCUGUUUCAGCAUAUUAAGCAUAAUGCUGACUAUAGUAAUUUCAUUAUAGGGGAAUAUAAAUAAAUGCAAAUAUAUACUUGAAAAUUAUUAAUAGUAUUUAUAUGAUGAUAAUAAUAUGCCAUUGAGUAAAUGGUAUCAGUUUGUAAAAUAAAAGUUGUGGAAAGUGCCAAUAAACGAAUAUGAUAAAACAAUUAUAAUAGCUGGUGGAAUAAUUAUUUAUGUAAUUUACAGUCAAAUUUCUUACUGAAAUUCAUUUCAUUCAAAUAAUUCAAAAAACGGAAUUUUUCUUCAGUAAUAUGUUUGUGUAAUGAAAACUUUACCAUUUUCACUUAUCAUCAUGUGACAAAUCCCUGCUUUUGCAUAGCAUCAAGAUUCUGGUCAUAAACUAAGAAAUUGUUAUUCGUAGGCAGUGAAAUAUUGAUGUUAACAGAACAUCAAAUUUAUGUUAUUUAUCAAUUAUUUAACGUGUACUUUUAUAAAUUGUCCCGCAUUAUAUAUUUUUAUAUUACUUUUUAUUUAUUUUAAAUAAAAUAAUUUUCUUAUAAAUAUCUUUACCAAUUGGUUUUUUAGAGAUCAAAUUUCUUAAAAUUGUGAUGUAUUUUUCCCUCUUUAAUUUUAAUUUUCAUCUGUAUGAAAAGUAUUGGGUAGGUACAAUUAAUGAUAGUUAACAUUUUCUGUGCCUUAUUAUAGAAUUUUAUGUAAAGGAAGUGUGUAUUAAAAACAAUGAUGUCUGUUAUAUAGAUCAAGCUCUCGUUUCUUAACGUUUUGCAUUACUAUUCGCAUUUUGCAAGCACGGUUUAAAUAUUCUGUGUCUUUUAUUUAUAUGUUAAUAUUUAUCCUAUAUAUGGUUUUGCAAAUGAUGCAUAAAUAUGCAUGAAAGUAUCUGUUGUGCCUACGAUGCGUUAUGUAGAAAAUGGGGAUAUCGUGCCUUUACCUUUAAUAAUUAUAAACUGUUGUAGAAUUGAUGUUGUAUCCUAUUCAUUCCAUUGCAUUUAAUAAUUAAUGUUGUAGAAUUGAUGUUACUAUAUUAUAUAUGUUUAAUUAAAUUUAGUAAUUAAUAUUUAUCUUAUAUGUAUAACUUAUUGUUGUGAAAACAAAUGAAUUUUAACUUUAUGCAAGUUAUUUUUAGAAACUAAAUAAGACAUUUUUAGAAUUGCAGAUAGGUUAUUAAGUAAUCCCCCCCUUUGUAUCAUUGAGAAAAAGUAAUUCUUUCUAUUUAUUCUUUGAAUUAACUUAUUUUUUUAAAGACCUAUAUAAAUUUAUGAAUAUUGAAAGGACAACUUUUCAUAGACUUUUAUUAAAAAUUUCUUUAUGUUCAUAAUUGCUGUAUUUAACUAAAUGCCAUGGAAUAUGUAACACAAAAAAAAAUAAUGCUUUUGUUUGUGUGUGGAAAACAAGAAGAAAUGUUUAUAUAAACAAGAUAUUCAGUUUUAUUUUAUUUAUUUAUUUAAUUUUAUAUAUAAAAUGGAGCAAUUGCAGUUUUUGUGAAAGGCUGAAACUAAGUAGUAAAUUGCAGUGAAUUUAAAAAGUAGUUGCACAGAAAAAAUGGCUGUGAUAUUAAGGGGACAGUGAAAAGUUUUAUCACCACCAAUGUUAAAUUCAUCAAUUUUUGUGUAUUCCUCUCUUCCCCUUCUUAGUAUUUCAAGUAAUAUUUAAUAAGAUCCAAAUAAUUCGAAUAUAUUAAUUCCCUAGUAAUAUCAUAUCAUCAUUGAGUGAAGUUAAUAAGAGCAAAUCCAAAGGAACUGGAGUAAAUUUUAAUGUCUAUGAAUGUUUUUAUUUCGUGUCUUAAUUUUUUUAAUAUUGCAGAAACUGUUCUUCCAAGUAAAAAAUUAGCUUAACUGAAUUUUACUGAAAUAAUUUACACCUUAAAUUUUCAAAAUUAUAUAUAAAAUUUUAUUCUAGAAAUUUUAAAAUUUUUAUUUGCAUUUUGCAGUAUUGCUGAAGCUGUCAUUGUUUCCUGCAUGAUUGUUAUGCUUUGAAAAUCAUUUUUUAAACAUCAUUUAGUCUUUUUAUAUAUAUAUAUAUAAGCAGGAAACUUUAAAUCUAUUGAAUGUUGUUAAAAAGAAAGACUGAAGCAGAAGUGCAUUCAUUUUGGUGCUAUUGUCAUCAGUAUCUAUAACAUGCUUCUGGGAGUAUCUUAAUUUUUUUUAUAAUUUGCUACAUUUUCCUUCAUGUUUGAAAAAUUAAUUUGAUAGUUCCAUGGGGAGAAAAACAACUUCAUUUCUUACAUGAAAAUAUUUUAUAUUUUAUCUGUUAAUUGUGAGAUAUCUUUUCUCUGUCAAAAUAAAAAAAGAAAUUUAAUUGGAAAAAUUUUAAUGGAAAUAUUUUGGAGCAUUAAUUAACAUUUUGUACUUCAGUAACAGGUUAAUUAGUUUAUUAUAUAUUGUGUUGAUGAGGUGUAGAUAAAAAAUGCAUGUGUGGUUUAAAAAUUUUCAGAAGAAUAAAAAAUCAACAUUAAAACAAAUCAAGCUAUAUAGUUGGCUUUUCUUGAAUUAGAAACCAUGGCUGUGAUUGUGUGUAAAACAUACUUUUAUUAUAGUUUGUUUUUCAGAGCUUUUUUUAAAAAAAGUACUAUGCAUAAAAGAAUUUGCAUUUAAUGUGUGGAUCUAUAAUCUAAUUACAUUUUAUUAUGUUUUCCCCCUUUUUGUGGGAAUAAAUUCAAUUAUAUCAUUUUGCUUCAACACUGCAUUUGCUAUUUAACUGUUUCAAGCAUAUCUGUCAACAUACCUCCAUUUGCCAAUGAGUUAUCUCAGCACGUCAUGCAUAUAAUACUCAAAAUUUUGUAUGCUUGAUGACAAUACCAUUUCGUUAUGCUGUUAUUAUGACUGUUUUUCAUUACGAUUUGAUGAAUAAAUUAAUUUAUUUUUUGCAUUUAAGAUGUGAAGAGCAUACGUAUUUCAUGUAUACAAUUUUAAAAAGGUAAUAUUUUUUUAUUUAUGUAUGUGCAAGUUGACAUUUGCAUACUAGGAAUUUUUUGUAUCUGCUUAUGUAUAUUUUGAAAUUAUUAUUUUUAGCAUAGUAAAUUGUCUGUAGGCUUAAAAUUUAACAGAGCAUAUUUUUCUUAGUUGACAGAUAUGCAAAACAAAUAUGUUAUGAUUGUUUUUUAAGAAUGAAAAUUUCAGGUUUUGUGUGAUUUAUAGAUUUCUUAACCUUUUUCUGAACUUGACGGUUUGAGAGAUUUUCCUUGAAAGUUCAUAGACCGUUAUAAAAAGAGGUAACCAGUUUUAAAUGGCUAUGAAAUCUUGAAUAAAAAUAAUAUGAACACGCAUCCACUCUGAUGUAUAUUAGCAUAUCUAUAUUUCAUUGGUAAAAUCACUAAACACAGGUUUUUCUCCGAUAAUAAUCAAGGAAGAUUGAAACAUGUAUGGAUGUAUAAAUAUAGUAUAAUAUGAAUAUAAGCAAAAUUUAAGAUGUGAAAGUAUCUGUGAAACUUAAGAUGUGAUGUGAAAUUUAAGAUGUGAUCUGGAGUAUUAUUAUUAAUAAAUUUCUUUGUGGUCCUCUUUUUGAAAUUUGUAACAUUCUGCAGUAGAAGACAUGAAUCAUACCCUUGAUAAAUGAGUACUAUUUAAGUACCCAUAAGGAUUAGCUGAAUCAUUGCAGUUCCCUUACCUGCUCCACAUAGAAUCCAUUGCCUAAUAAACAAAUGUAAGAGUAUGUCCUAAAAUAAGAGGGGGAUAUCAUAAGGUUUUGGGUAAAAGAUAGCAGUUGGCUACAAUUUUUUUACAUCAUCUUAUAGUAUUUAUAAAUUCAUUUUGUAGAAUAUCCAGAUUAAAAUAAUGAUCAGUAUAAUGUGUACAUAAUUAUGCAGAUAUUUUUUUUAACUAUUUGGAUAUUAGUAUUUUGUAAGCUGUAAGCUACAUAUUUGAUUAUUGUUUCAAAAUCAUAAGAAUAAAUUAUUCUUUGUUUUAAAACAAAGAAAUGUUUUGCUUUUUAUUUUCAAAAUUGUUCUACAGUGCAAGAACUGAAUUAAUAAAAAGUUUUUAUUCUUGAAUUUAAAGAAAUCUGAAAAAUAUUUCUCCAGAUUUUUUGGUAUGUCUUCCAGCUUUAGUCCUCUUCUGUUAUGUGUUUUAUACCUUGCUUUUAUAAUCAAAUUAGAUUUCUUAAUUUCUGUUUUAUUUAUUUUCGCUUAGUAAUUAAAUAACAAUAAUUCCUUUUUAUAUUCUUUAAAUGCAGAUUAGAAUAUUUGUAUUAAUAUGAUUUAUUCCUUUAAUUUAAAUAGCGUUUCUCAAGCCUUUUAGCAUUUACUUAUUAGCAGUGAAUGAUAUCUUAACUUCUUUCUGUCUCGGGUAUCUAGUCAUUAAAAACAAUUCGUCAGAACGAGUUUUCAAAAAAUUUUUAAGUAGUUCAUUGUAGAUCUUUAAUUUCAGCUAUGUUAUACUAAAAAGGAACUUAGGAUCACAUGUAACCCAAACAUAACUGCAUAGAUUCAUAUAAAAGAUUUAUUAUUUUCAAAAAGCAUAAAAAAUUCAACUUUAAUUAUAUGUUUAUUCGUGACCACUUUAAAGCUCAUGUAGAAGAAAAUCAAAAUUCUGUAUAAUGGCAGUGGAAUUCAAGCUAAAAACAAAACAGGAAGGUAGAGUUGUUUUAUGCUGCAUUAGGCCAGAAAAAGCAUCAAAGAGAUGUACACAAAUAAAAGUAAAAAUUAAGUAAGAUAUAAAAAGGUAAAUAAAAAUAUUUAUAAAUUACUUAUGAUUAGAGGAAUUAAAAAUUAAACUAAGGAAUCAUGAAAUGGCAUAAAAAAAUUUAAAAAAAGGAAGGUAGCUUAAUAGCAAGGCAUGGUGUGCUAAUAGUAAGAGCUUUUAAAUAAUAUUCUUUGAAAUAAAAUUCUAACCUUAUUUAGGCAUUUAAUUAAUUUAAAGGCAUCUUAAUAGAAUGGGUUACAUCUAUAAAUAUUUCUUUUCCUGAAGAGGCAGCAUUUCGAAAUGGGUGACAGAUUCCUCGGGUGCACAAAUGUUUCCAUAUAUUUUGCAAUUCUGACAGAAAUUGAGGUAUUAUUUAGUAGCUAUGCUAUUUGAAUUGACUAUAAAACAAAUAUACCAUUAUUAACAGGAUUUUCUGUUUUUAAUGUACAAAAAAAAUGAAAGUUAUACUACUAAAUAAAUAUUACUCCUCUAUGAAUCUGUCUUAACCAAUAAUGUUAUAAAUACAUAUGCCUAUAAGUAUACUUCACAAAAUGCACUUUAUUAAGCUUUGUAACAGAAUAAUAGAUUUCUUUUUGAUACGGUUUCUACUGUUUUAAGGUAAUCAGUUAAUAGAUUUUCCUUUAGCUCGUAUCAGGCGAAUUUAUGUCAAUAUUUUGAUUUGAUUCUAGAAAAAGGAAGGGGAUAUUCUUCCAUAAGUUUCUAAAUGUUCCAUUUAUUCUCAAAUUUAUGAAGUGGAUGUUACUGUAAUUGAAGAAAAAUAUGUAUUUCUUAUUGAUAUCUUUUCAGUACCUUCCAUUGGCAGCAGCUUUGUUUCUAGUUUGAUUUUUACCUGUAUAAUUUUUGUGGCAGAAAGGCAAAAUGGUAUUUAGAUUGCCACUAGGUUUUGUAUUUUAGUUUGAGAAGUGCUGGUAGACAUUCUAUUACACUUAUUUUGCUAUUAAUUUUUUACUCAGUUCAAUCUUCAAUUUUUGACCCUUGUAACAUUUGAAGAGAAAUGUGAUAAAUAUAUAUCUACCUUAUUUUUUAAUACUAUUUUGUUGUAAGAUUUCAUAAACUACUGUAAGCCUCAUUUUAUUAGUACAACUCAAUAAUUAGUGUCAUUCAAAUGUUUUAUGUAUAGUUUUCCAUUUGUUUUAGAAGUAACGUAAGAAAAUGUGUAAAUAUUUUACUUGACCAAAUUUCUUCAUUAUUAUAAUAUGAAAUAAAUCAAAAUAUAACUAUUUGUGAAAUUGUUGUUAUACUGUAGCUUUAACAUAAAAUGAGUGUGAAUCAUACAUAUUGUACUUAAAAAGUUAUUUAUUAAAAUAUUUUUAUGAAC